GGCACGCAGCUGGAAACUGUUCUUUUGCUCGUUCCUCUCGUUGGCCACGCGCCCAACCCUCUAACCCUUCCCCCCCACCGAGCGCUCCCACUAGAAGGGCCGACUCCAGCAUCGGAACCUUCGUGUGUGGAGUGCGCGUUUCUGAACGGCCCUCUUUCCCAGGGACGCUGUCGCCCCUCGCACCCCUGCGCCCCCCGACCCACGUCCCGGGCGCCGCUGGCCCGGAGCUGCCCGGAAGCUUGCUCCUGCCGCGGCGCUUGUCAGGGCAAGCCCGGGUCCGUCCGGGACCUCGGCCCUGCUCUCCCCCGGACCCGAGAGGCUGCUGCACUGGGAAGAGAGGAUCUUAACGUCUCUUCCCUCCGCCGCUCCCAGCUGCCGCUCCAGAUGCUGCUGCUUCCGCCGCGGCCACCCCACCCUCGGUCCUCCUCUCCGGAGGUCAUGGACCCACCGCCCCCCAAGACUCCCCCUUUUCCCAAGGCGGACGGCCCCUCCUCCACCUCCUCCUCGGUGGCGGGGCCGCGGCCACCGCGGCUGGGUCGCCACCUGCUCAUCGACGCCAACGGGGUCCCGUACACGUACACAGUGCAGCUGGAGGAGGAACCCCGGGGCCCGCCACAGCGGGAGGCCACCCCGGGAGAGCCAGGUCCUCGAAAGGGCUACAGCUGCCCGGAGUGCGCUCGCGUCUUUGCCAGCCCCCUGCGGCUGCAGAGCCACCGCGUGUCGCACUCGGACCUCAAGCCCUUUACGUGUGGUGCUUGUGGCAAAGCCUUCAAGCGCUCCAGCCACCUGUCGAGGCACCGCGCCACCCACCGCGCUCGCGCUGGCCCGCCGCACACCUGCCCGCUCUGUCCACGCCGCUUCCAGGACGCCGCCGAACUGGCGCAGCACGUGCGUCUUCACUGAGCUCCGCCCUGCCCUCUCUGGGCCACCACGUCUGACCCACACUUUCCCCAGUUCUGCUGAGGUUACUGCCUUACCCUAGGCCUCAGUUUCCCCACCUAUCCCCAAAGAGAAACAUUUUGUCUUUUCUCCCAUCUAGCUGGGUGAUGUAGACCAAAGUUGUUGCCACUCUGGGCCUGGGUGUCAGUUGGAACAGGGCUUCAGUCCUGCUGUGCCGUGUAAGCCUUUGCAAGUGCUAUGACCUCUCCUGAGUCUUGGUCUUCUACUCUUACCAAGUGGUGAGGUCUCGUGGAAUACAAGACAAAAGCACCGGCACGGUCUAGAUCACCUCUGUACUUCCCUCUAAUACCCACGACCCCUCAUUCUUUGCCCAAUAAACAUGCCUCGCUUUA